AUGGCUGAAGGUAAGAUUACAGCUGCAGGCAAAUCAGGCCAACUCCUGGAACAAAUCUGGCACCUAAACUUUCUAGCGAGAGAUGUGCUUCUGAAAAGUGAUCUGGAUAAUGAAGGUAUAGCGGAGUAUGUGCUUAGACUGAUGUCUUUAACAAAAGAGCUGAGCAGAUCUCUCAGCCACCAGCUGGAGAACAUUACGGAAAGUAUUCAAGACACCUGCCACUUGCUGAGCGCUCUCUAUGACAAACACAAGGAAUUGACUGCAAGUCCAGGCAACAAAAUUCAGUUGGGUUACAUAUUUUUUUCCUCAGAGUACAAUGGAAUUAUAGAUUGCCUACAGAAAGUGAAGGAUUAUUUGAUAAAUACAGUCUCACACCUUCAAGAGGCAGAAAAUAAAUUUUAUGCUGCUAGCUGCAGGCAAGAUGAUGAUUCUCAGAUCCAGACUGCUCAAAACGCUUCUAGAGAAACAGAUGAGUGUUGUUCUGAAGGACAAUUAACAGAGUCUCUGCAAGCAUCUUCUAGUCCCAGUCAGCAAUCCCAAAGAACUCCUUCCCUGAACAAGACAGAAAGCCAGAAUGUUAACCAAUUUCAGCCAAGUGAAACUACAACUGUGGAAAAAGAUGUUGCAUCAUUAGCUGAAAACGUAUCUGCUCAAGAACAGGGCAUUAGCAGAGAACCUCCAAUGAAGAAGGAAGAUGGUGAACACAGACUACUAAUGAACUCUGUUACUGAAAAGUCUCCAGAACUGGCUUUUCAAGAUGCUCUUACAAGCAGUGAGGAAGACAUUCAGUCUGGGACUUCGAAAGACAUUUAUGGCAGAACUGUCAUAAAUCUUUUUGAACAGGGAAAAAGGGCAGUAGUCAAAGAGUCUUCAAAAGGGGUAGAAAGUGAAGAAUAUAGGCUGACAGAGCAAAUGGAAGACAGUAAAAUGGAAACAUAUAAUGAGAUUUGUAGGAAUGACCUAAUUACCUUCACAUCUUCAGCACAAACAUGUGAUCUUACUGCUGUGAAUCGUUCUAUGAAUGAUUCAGAAGAAGCACAAAAAUCUAGGCACUGGAUGAACAAAGAAUUUCUAGUGGAAGAGAGUGGUAAGAAUGAACGUGAAGUAGCUUGUUUUAUUAAAGGCCCUGCAACUGCUCUGGAGAAUCUGAAGUGUAAGAUAAUCAAUGACACUAGUUCCUUGGUGGUAGACGAUUCUGAGGAGCUGGUCAGCAAUGUCAUCAGUAUUGAAUGCUCUGAUUAUGAGAAAGCAAUUCCUUUCCCUAUCAACAUUGCAAUCCCAUUUACUUCAUGCUUCAGAGGAAAUUAUUGGGAGAUUGUGGUGAAGGUGACUGAUGUGAACUUUCAAUCAAACUACUUAACUCCUAUCUCUUUGGAGGGAUACCAAGGAAACCAUAAGGAAACCUUUGUGGAAGUGCAAAUUUAUCAGCUGGGUGUUUUUUCAGUGUUGUCAUGCUUAAGGAAACAAACAUUUACUGUUCCAAAUAUAGGACUCUCACAAAAGCUGAGCGUGGAUUCUAGAAUCUCUUUCUAUUACCCUCCAGAAACAUUCAGUUCUCCAGCACCCAUGCAGUUAAAGGUUCAGCCAGUUGAAACAUCAUUGGUUUCCACAUUGAAAGCAAGACACGAUAUGUAUCACUCAGUGGUAUCUACUAGUGCACUGGUUUAUGUCCAGCAUCCUUCAGCCCAAUCAUUUAACAGCUCAGUCACUAUUACUCUACCCUGUCCUCCAAACCCAGAAAAAAAAAGGCAAGGAGAUGAAACAGAACAUGCAAGAGCCAUUAGUGCUACGGUAAAGAGGGUUGCUACAGCAUACCAUCCUCGGUCUGUGAAUGCUUCUGUGAGAAAAAAUGGGGAAAAUCUCAGUGAUACUUUGAAAUUAUUAGGUCACAGAAACAAAGAAGAGGGGUGGAAGGUGUUUGAUGAUGUUAUUAUCCAGAAUGCACAGAAUGGGCUUGUAUCAUUUGAACUAAAUGAGCAUUUAGAAAGAUUUGUGGUCAUUCGCUUUUCGUUCCUCUUGGAAAACACGUAUCUUCUCCUCUUUGCUCAGGCUCUGGAAGAAGCUGUUUGUAGCACAAUGGCUAAUGUGAUACUGUAUCGGAAAAGAGAAAACCCAUAUAAAAUAGUAGUUUUGCUGUCUGCAUCCAAAGAAUUGACCUGUCAACUUCAAAAUCUCCAUGAGGAGGGCUACUUUGGUCCCCCAGAACCUACGCAGCAGUUCCCAUUAAGAGAAGGAGAGCAGAUUCAUUUUAGAUUUAGAGGCAAUAUAUUUGCUUCAGAGGAUGGAAAAGAUUUUGGAAAAGUCUACAGGCUGAUUUUUCAUUCACAAAGAAAACCCAGGCUGGAGCUCCAAAUUAAAGAAGUGGAUGAAUUCGGUAACCACAGUUCACCUCAUUACAAAGGAACAGCAGUGUUUUAUAAAAUUAACAGGGAGAUGAUAACCAAGGAAUGGGAACAACCCUUGCCAUAUCGUGAAUAUCAACACCAGUCUCCACUAUGUAAAUUAGCACUAACGUUACCAAAGCAUGAAAAGUUGAUCAACCGUCCACAAAGCACAAAAAUAAUUUCUUCUGAUUCAUCAGAGGCCCUAUGGGACAACUUGCUAUAUUGGCUUGCAGAAGAGCUUGCAGAAGAUAAUACAUCAUUGCUCGCAUUACGUUUACCUGUUCAGCGGAGCGUAAUUCAGCUUAUUAGGCUGAAGUGCCCUGAUAAUUUAACACACCAGAUCUAUGAGCUGCUUUGCUGCUGGAAGAAGACCCUUCCAAGGCUGGCUGAUAAACAGCAGCUCCUGUCUCGCUAUUUGCGGAAGAGUGGCAGAAGCGAUCUUUCAGAAGAACUUCGUUUUAAGUGGCAAAAUAAAGUGUUCACUUGA